AUGGCGGACGCGCUUUGCGGACCGUCCAAUCCGCUGCAGCAACUCAAGCAGCAGACUCAGUUUGACCGCACCCUCCAACAAGACCGUCUCGCCUCCCGACAUCAGCCAGGUCAAGGCUUCCGCUCGCGCGACCCCAAUGUCGGCCUCUUAGACCCCGAGUUCGAGGCCUUCCAGGCCGGCCACCCCAUCCCCGAUCUUCCUCAAUUCCAACAGCGACGGCCGGACUUUGCCGCGCCUUCGCAGGGUCCGUCAUGGGCCGGCGAUUUCCAGCGCAUGCACAUCUCGCAUCCUCCUCCUCCCUCCUUCCAUCAAUCUCCUGUCGUUCAAUCGAAGCCGGCGACGCCGAAUUGGGCACAAGGAUUCCAAGAGCACAUCGGACAAAAUGCCCCGCGCACACAACUCUCUGCCCAUUCGCCACAGGCGUUUCAGCACAUGGCUCGAUAUGGGAUGAACAACUUUCAAAGCAACUUCUCUCAACCAGCUUUUGCACCAGAGACGACCUCAAAAGGCAAGGCGCCGAUGGUGGAACAGUUUGAUGAGGCCGCCUUCGAGAGAGCAUUCGACCAAGCCAGCCUGGACAUGGUCCCCGAGACUGCCACUGCCACCGAGGAGAUGGAGAGAACUGCUUAUGAAACAGGCGCGUCGACUGGGAAUGUGGACUUAGACUAUGAUACCCUGAUGGAAUCCAUUAAUGGGCAGGCUACAUCUGCAACGGAUCAAACUCGACUUCAGCCCGAGAUUGAUGCCCAGGCGCUCGAAGAUGCUGUUCGCAUGAAUCCCUUCGAACCGCUCGGCGACGUCUUGGUGAUGGAGCAAGUCUCCAAUGCAGAGCAGCAAGAACAACUGGAUCCCAAACCAAACGAUGACGAUGCUCUGGCCGCCACGGCCCGAGAACUACUGGAGAAGGUGCAACACAACCAGAGCGACAAGUUCAAAAACAGCCAAUUCCUGAACCUCAUGCGCAAGCUGCGCGAUCGCGAGAUGAAGGUCGAAGGCGACCACAUGGUCGAAACUGCGACCCCGGCCACCACCACCGCCACUUCCUCGACAACUACCAACACAGCUCAGCAGCAAGUCCCACGCUUCGAUAACAGCGAGCAGACGCCCUCCCCUUUAGGCCCUAUAAACUCAACGCUUGUCGAUACCCGGCCGCCGGGCUAUGACGCGCGCGAGAGCGGCAUACCUACCGUCGAGCAAGACCACGACGCUGGCCGCAUCAGGCCGGAGGACGGGCAAGCGGUGGUGGACUACCUGAAUCAGAGGAACGCGAGUCCGGAUGAUAUAGGUACGUUCGACUUCACUUCCGCCGAGGAUGUUAUCGGGGAGGCGCCUGCUCGCAAGCCCGCAUCGUACCCUUGGUCGUACCCCCGGACGCAGCAGUGA